UCCGGAGAGCGCGCCGCACGCUGUGCGACGGAUCACCGGCGAAUAUCAUAAAAUUGAUGUUUCGUAAAUAUAAGUGAUCAACUUUAGUUACGAAUCUCAAUAUCGUGAAUAUAAUUUUUUAUUAAAAGUGUUGUGAAUAAACUUUUUAAAUACAAUGAUGCGUCUAGUGUUGUUCAUUUUGGGAGCUUUUCUCGCGACAACAGAGAGCUGUGGUCCUGGCCAGCAAUUGUUAAGAUCUGGUGGACUAAGUGCGUACGAAAAGCAAGCGAUCGUAGACGCACAUAAUCGCCUCAGACAAUCGGUUGCUUUGGGCCAGGUUUCCAGUCAACCACCGGCAGCUAAUAUGAUGGAAAUGGUGUGGGAUGACGAGUUGGCAGCGACCGCGCAACGCUGGGCAGAUCACUGCACGCCUGCCCACGACCGCGCUGCGCAGCGCGACGUGGGCAGAUUCCCAGUGGGACAAAACCUUGCCGCCACGUGGACGACACGUCCGCCCUCUUCCCCCGCCGACUCCCAGCCAGACUUCAUGAAGCAGAUCAACGCUUGGUUCGACGAAGUCCGGAUAUACGGCUUCAAACCGAUCAGCGGUGGUCACGGCACAGGUCAUUACUCCCAGUUGGUUUGGGGCGAAACCUCGCACGUAGGCUGCGGCUUUACGUUCUACUACGACAACGUGAAGGGCUACACGAGGCUCUACGUAUGUAACUACGGCCCGGGAGGUAACGUCAUCGGAUCCAAGCCUUACGAAAAGGGUUAUCCGUCUUGCAGUACAUUUGGACUGUCGGAAUCGAAGAAAUAUUCAGGAUUAUGUGCCGCUAGUUUCACGUCAACAUCGACUUACCAAAAUAUAGAGAAUACCAACAGCUACAUAUCGAAUGUCAUUCCAGACAGCACAGGAGACAAUCAGGCCUACAACUACCAGUACAGCAACCAGUAUUACAACCAGUACAGCAAACAAUACCAGGUGCAGUACAGCCAGCCUACUACAUUCUAUCAAGAAACAUCGACCUUCAGGCCACUACUAAAUAUACUUAAAACAGCGUCAAACUUGUUCACUAAACCAAAGCCUCAAGUGAGCAUAAGUACAGUGUUUGUCUAAUGUAAUGUUACAGUGGGUUUCCACUGCACAAACACUUGUACAAAAACAUAUGACCUUUUUCUCAUACCCUUAAAGAAAAAGAGAUAUCAGUAUAUCUUCGUUUGGGUGUUUGUGCAGUGGGAACCGACUGUUGACUCAUUCAUGCAUCAAUUACAGCAGUAUUGUAUAAAUUGUGACGGUUGUUACUCGACUGAUUAAUUCGUAACUGUUCCGUGCAGUAUCGGAUCUCUGUAGAUAUAUUUAUUCCUUGGUUUUACAAGGGCAUUAAGAUUUAUUUUUCUAGAGCUAGUUUUUAAUGAAGCUAGUAAUAAGUUGUAGGCCUGAUGGUUAGCCGCCAGAGGGCCGUGCUGUCGCGGGUGACCUUCUAGUGU